GUCAGUCCAGUUGCAGUCGUACGUUUCACAUUCGAUCGGGAUUUGGAAAGUGUGAUGUUUCUAUUUCGUGAAACUUGUGCCUGAACUAGCUCGAAUUUUUCUCAACCACAGCAAGGAUAUGGAUCUUGGUUACAUGCUAAAGCAUAAACAAUAAAAAUUAGUGAAGGAAAUACUUAUUACAGAUUUUCCAUUCACUUAUCAGAAGACAAUAGAAGUCAGAAACGAAAGAGCGUGUAUAUCUCAUCUGGUUUACAAAAUCGAAAUAUUCGUUCACAGCAUCAUCGUCGUCACCAGGCUCACCAUCAUCAUUAAGUGUGCUUACAAUUUCUGAGAAGAAAACCGAUAGUUGUUGCACGUGAAUAACACUUCUGCUAAACGUGAGCGAGAGAAAAAGAUAAAGAGUAAACAAGAAAUUCAGAGAAGUGUUCGAUUGCACUUGAAAAAAGCAUCAUAUAGCAACUGCAUCACCGCUCUGGUACAGCGAGAAACAUUCAGUCUCCAUCCGACCACCGCGACUAGAACACAGUUUUUCGUUCUUUCGUUUUUCUUUCCCUUCAAUCUCCGGUUCUCAGUAAGGAAUAGAAAACCGAAACAGUGUACCUCACGUCAGGGAGAAACAAAAUGACUGCACAAGUUUUAUCGAUACCUUCAAUACCGCAAGAUUACACUGAUAAUAAAGUUAAGGAUGAUUCGUCUUACUCAAUGGCGACAUCAGCAGUGUCGUACCAUGCAGAAGUCACUCGACUGGAAUCUUUCCACGAUUGGCUAGUUCCGUUCAUCAACAAGGCAGAGUUGGCCCGCUAUGGCUUUUACUAUGUAGGACCCAACGAUAUGGUCAAGUGUUAUUUCUGCCGAGUUGAAAUUGGCUUGUGGGAACCAAACGAUAAUGUUCUGUCCGAACAUCUAAGAUGGUCACCGUACUGCCCUUUGCUGCGAAAACGUCAAACGAACAAUAUUCCGAUCGAUGGGAGCUUUCUAGAUCAGCUCCCGGAGCCUAGUUAUGAUACUUGUGGCAUCAGGAUACGGGGAAAUUCGGUUGCAGAAAAUGAUCGACCUUCAUCAGAUAGAAGCAGCAAUGGAUCACUGCUAUCAGCAUCGAGUUCAUUAACUUCCGAAUCUAGUAUGAUGUCAACUGAAUCAGUUGGGUAUGAGCAGCAGCAUCAGCAGAUGCAUGAACCGCAACAGAAACGACCAGAGUAUCCCAAUUACGCUAUCGAAGCGAAACGGUUGGAAAGUUACGACGAUUGGCCGAAAUUUAUGAAGCAGAAACCGAAGGAGCUUAGUGACGCUGGGUUUUUCUAUACCGGCAAAAGUGACCGAGUAAAAUGCUUCAGUUGUGGAGGAGGACUGAAAGACUGGGAGGCUGAAGAUGAGCCUUGGGAACAACAUGCCAUGUGGUAUAGUCAUUGUGAGUACCUGAAAUUAAUGAAAGGCGAAGAGUAUAUUGCUCAGUGUUUGUUAAAAAAGAAUAACCCACCCGCUGCAUCAGAAUCUAUAGAGAUUCCUCACUUGGAGCCAUCGAGUUCGCCACAGCCUUCUACAUCAGCAGUGGCUUCGGGAAACACCUCGCUUCCUUCAUCCCAAACGUCCAGUUUGGGCACAUCAGUGGAAGAAGUUACUCCUAUCGGUAACAACAUCCGCAGCAGUCGGUCAUCUAUAGGUUAUGCGUCCUCCAGUAGUGGCGUUGACGAAGAUGAAGAUGAACCAAGCCGCAAAUUGGAUACCAAUCGGACGUGCAAAAUCUGUUACGUUAACGAAUACAACACAGCGUUUUCGCCUUGCGGUCACGUUGUAGCGUGUGCUAAGUGUGCCUCUUCGGUUACUAAGUGUCCUCUAUGUCGAAAACCUUUUACUAAUGUGAUGAGGAUUUAUCUGAUGUGAAAUUUUGUCAACAAAAUAUAUUAAUACAUUAACCACUCUUGUUUCGGAAGGGUUGUCCGCAAGCAGUGUAAUCUUUCGGGUCCGGGUCCGGGUCCGGGUCCGGGUUCAUUCCGGGUUCCCUAAUUGGUUCUGUUGAGCUGAAGAACAUCUACGGUGCCGUUCUUAGCAUAACAAUCCCAUGUAUAUAGGGAAACCUAUAGAAAAUAGGUCUGUUAUGCAAAGAGCGGCAGUACAGGUCCCGCUAGAAAGUGCACUGAAGUUGCGAAGAACGCGCUUUUUCCGCUACUAUGUAUGCACCGUUGCAAGCUAGACACUAAGGUUUUUUUUCGCGAAUUUAUAAGCAAAAAGUGUAUUAGAAACCUGUACUCGCAAAGGUCUUUUUGUGCGAAGAUUUUACUAUCAUGAAGUGUAAAAGAUACUUCACCGCAUAAAAAACCUCUGUGUUUGUAUGUUUGCUUGGUCCUUUUUAAAGAAAGUACUAAAACUAAAUUUACGCUUAAUCAAAAAUUUUGAAACUUCCGAUGUACAUAUAUAUUUAAAGUUUGAACGGUAGAACUGUGCGUAUAUACAUAUUAUGGUAGAAAUGUGAAUAAAAAAAUUGAAAAAACA